AACUGAAUCGGUAUUGGACCGCAAGUUGCUGAGGUGACAGACCCUGACAUCAAUAACAACUGAUUCCAAUUAAAAAUGAAAUCAACUCGCUUAAAAGUAAGACCAUUUUUAUAAAAUCUUCUAUCAACUCUAUAGUAUAGUCAUGUGAAUGUGUGCGACAACAACAAAAGAAAAAACUUAAUUUAAAAAAAACAACAACUGUCUUUUGAGUCUUGACAACAUUACAAACAAGUGACAUACUAUGUCUACUGUACAGGCCCAACUCCUAGGCCACACUUACCAGACUGAACUCUGUGAUGGCCCCCUGGCGCCCCUGGGCAUGCUCCGGCUCCAGCGCCCCUCCUAAAUAUUUUCUCGAUUCAUUUCAGUUGUGCUUGUGGUGCCUCAGUAGAUUUUUUUAAAACCAAACCAGUGUAGCCCCCACAGUCACACCUUCAUGAUUUUGUUCCUGGCAAAAUAGUCCAUCCUCAAAAAUCAUGUUAAAGUGAAAAUCAUUUUAUUGCCCAACAGCAUUUUACAUAUUGAAUGAUAUUGAUGCAGAACAAAAAUUAAAACAAAACUUUAAAAGGAGCUUUAUUGUUUUCCAAAGAAAUGUUAUUUAAGGUUACUCAUUGAUUGUUCAUGACAUAAAAAAUCUCUUGUUCUUUCUGCUAAUUUCUGAGUUGUAAUCUCAGGUUUUCAAUGCCUACUUACUUAUCAUCACAGAAUGAAUGAACAUUUCCUAGUAGAGUUCUAUUUUUUUCCUUGAUGUACAGUUUAGGAAAAGCGUGCUAAAUACAGUUAGUCGGAGUUGAGUUAGAGUUGAGAUGUAGUAGCGUGAGAGCUGUGUGAUUAGACAGUUGACAGUUUAGUGUGAGGACGUGUCUUUCUUAAUGAUGGAAUACUAUAGAUAUAUAUGUGAAAUUACAUUCAUGCAAGGAUUAUAUAUUAAUAUUAUCAAUAUAAAGUGUGUUCAAUAAAGUACUGUAAGUUUAACCAGGAUUCAGUAUUCUUAUUUGCGUGCCCGGAUUAUAAGUGGAAGAAUGAAGAAGCCUUAGUCGGCAUCCUGAAAUAUCAACAUAACAUAAGUAACCAUACUACUGACAUAACCCACAGCAUAAGAAAUAAGCUCCCACGCCAUGUCAGAGUAGGUGUGUUACUAGUCAUGAACAUUAAUUAAAUAGGAGUUAUAACUUUCUUAGAGAGCACAGACAGAUAAUUUUAAUUUUAUUUGAUGAAACUUGAUAAUUUUUUAUGAUUUACAAAACAAGGCACAACAUUCACUUAUUUUUUCCCUAUGAGAUCUUACUUACCUUUGUGUAUAUAUUAUUUUUAUAUAUUUAUAAUUAAUUUUUAAAAAAUAUUUAUAUAUAUAUAUAUUUAUAUAUGUAGACUUUAUUUAAGUACUAUUUGUAUUUGUGUUUAGUUCAAUGGAAAUAUGACAAAGCCAAGAGAAAAAGUGCUUGGGCUUGUACCUUUGGAAAUGAGUGAAGCAUUUCAUGAGAAAACAAAGCAGGAAUUGAACAGAUUAAGAGGGAAUGUGGAAAAGAGUUUAAAAGAUGAAAUAAAAAGGUAUUUAUAUUUAUGUGGUUUUUUUUGCCUUUAAGUGUACACUAUACUUACACAUCCAUGUUUUAUUUUAGGGGGAGGGUGGGGUGAUUUUAAUUCCCAUUUUAAAAGAUGAAAGAAGAAAAAGUACAGGUAUUGUUAUUUAUUGGAAGUAUAAAUAAUGUUUGCACUAAUCUAUAUAUUUAUUUAUUUGGCCGGGGGAGGGGGGGGUAUACCUUGGUUAUAUCCAGCUUUGAAAAUUGUUUUAAUGGAGAUAAACUCUUUCUGAAAUAAUGCAAACAAAUAGUUAUUUAAUAAAAAAAACCAGAACAUGCAUUUUUAGGAAUUUUCUACUAGUAUAUGUUAAACUAAAUCCAAGAAAGAAAAACUAAACUGUUAAUAAUAACAUUUUCAAUAGACUGAUAUAAUGAAACCAUUGCUCAAAUUCUGUGCUGUGAACUUAUUUUGUCAGAGUUUAACAGUCUUAUGGAUAUCUACUAGUACACAGAGCUGCACAAAAAUAAUGGCUUAGUUGUUAACAUGACAUUUGAUAUUUUUUUCAAUAUUAUCAUCAUUUAUCUCAUUAUCACCACAUAUAAUUACAUACAUGGUAAAAAAUGGCAUAUAGAUGCUUCAGCUGCUAAUAAACCUCCAGAAAGAUAAAAUUUAACAAAAAAAUUAUUUAGUGAGGCAUAUAAUUUCUUAAACAUUACCACUAAUACAAAACAUUUUCUGUUUUUACAAUAUGUCUGCUCUUUAUACACGUCAAUUCUGCAUGCUGAUGGCCUUCAGGCUUUGAGAUUUUUUCCCCCAAAAAACAGACCACAUCCUUCAAUUCAUGCUGACACCCUUGUCUGACUGGCCGAACUGGUACUUGCCAUCAACUCUUUUGAAUUUAAUGGAAAUUUUUUAAAAACCAAAUUACUGGUUUGGCAAUGGUCACAGAAGUGGGCCCUAGUUAUUGUGUGUGUGUAUCCUGUCUUUUUAUGGGUCGCUUUGAAUACAUGGUAGACAAGGCAUAUACAGGCUGUAUACCAGAAGUUUACAAAAGAUACAAAAAGUAAAUUCCAACAAUUAUUUGAUUUUCUAAACUCAAUUCAACCAUCUAUUAAAUUUACUUCACAAAUCUCUGAGAGUUCUGUAAACUUUCUCAACAUUACCUUAUCGGAUUAUUCACAUCUGACUAUUAUAAACCUACUAACAGCUAAAGUUACAUAUUUUAUUCAUCUACUCACCCCAAUUCAUGAAAAAACUCCACUAAGUUGCCUCUGCUAGUUAGGUGAAGACUUUUUAAUAGGGCAAAUGAAAUGGACUUGUGCUCUAGAUAUUUUACUGAGACUAUCCUUGUUUUGGCACUCAAUCGUGUCCAAUGUGAUGAGGUUUUCAUAACGUUUUUAAACAAAAAUUAAGUUUGAACUAAACUCAUUCUUACCUACCACCAUCACAAUGUACUUGCCAAAAACAUAUUUGAAUAUUCGUGUACUCCUUGCUGAUCCUGAUAAUGACAGGGUAUUCUUAACCCCUCCUUGCUGACCCUGAUAAUGACAGGGAAUACUUAACCCCUCCUUGCGGAUCCUGAUAAUGACAAGGUAUUCUUAACACCUCCUUGUUGACCCAGUUAAUGACAGGGUAUACUUAACACCUCCUUGUUGACCCUGAUAAUGACAGGGUAUACUUAAUCCCUCCACUUAUUGUCUUCAGAAAGGAUAAAAAUCUAUUUGACCUUCUGGUUCACAAUCAUCUUCAAGCUGACUCUUCUCAGCUUGGGACUAUACCAUGUUAAAGAAGCUUUUGUUGGAUUUGCCCCUCAUUACUGGAAACUGAACACAUUGGCUUCCGUAAAGGGACUUAUACCACCACAUUUAUACCACCACAGAGGGCUUCACCUGUAUCAGUCAAAAUUUGAUCUAUGUGAUUGUUUGCCACAGAUGCCGCUCCUAUUACCUAGGUGAGAUGGGAAGAAGGCUAUCUGAUAGGUUCAGUGAACAUCUUUGUGAUAUAUUGAACAAAACAAGCUAUAACAGGUCUCAUCAGAUGUAUCCAUCCCUGCUCUAUUUUCUUGCACUAAUACACCAUCAUUGGGUGCUGGGUGGCCGAGUGGUCUAAAACUGAGCAAAUCUCAAGUUGGUGGUCUGGAGUUCAAUUCCAGCUAGAGCAAAAACACCACCAGCACCCCGGGUAGAUGGGACUCGUUAACCUUGGACGGCAACUCAUCUAAGAGAAGGAAACUCUGAAAUCAAACCCAGAGAUGGAGUCCCGAAAGGCGGAUAACAUUGAUACAAUGAAACAUUCCGACAACUCCUGCGACGACUCUGGUGCUAAGCUGUAUCAUCCAAUGAUGUUCCCUUGGGUUACCCAGCAGCGUGGAGAGAGGCGAUUUGCUGUUGGGAUACAGCUUAUAAUCCUUAAAGUAUAAUAAUCCCAGGCUAUGUGGAUUUCGUCCUACGAGGCCCACUCCAUCGUGACGGACGGAUGCCAGCAAUACACCAUCAAGAGUAAAUAUGGUAAUGAAAACAAUUAAUUCAGAAUUUCAGCACAAUGUCCCCGUAUGGAAUCAAAUACUCUCAUAUUAGUGAACCUCAAUUUCCUUACAUUUCUAUUCUCAUUUUUUGUUGUUCAAAAUAUUUAACUUUACAUUAAUAAUAUUAAAAUUAUUUCACGUUGAUAGUUUGCACAGCAGAAUCAUGUGGAACGCACUUUUUGGUUUUUAACAACUUUUCCUCCAUCUCCAACCAAGUGUUUCAGUUUCCUAACAAAUACUUUGAGAACUUCAUUUUGAUCAGAAUCUUUGAACGCACAAGUUUUAAAUUUCUAUUUACUUGUUGUGUCAUGUUUUGUCUUGUCUGCGAAGAUGCUUUCAAACAAAACAUUCUUGUAACAUUCCUGCGUUUUCAAGUUUUGUUUCAAGCCCAAACAUAUCUUAUUCUGCUAUUCAUUUAUUAGUGAGACAACGUGCACACAUAAAAUAAAAAUGACGGUGCAGCACCCAAGCACAAACUGCUCAUCUCCAUAUUCAGUCCCAUGGUUUUUUUCUGACUUAACCAGUCCAUGCUAAAUAAGCUCUUGUGUUUUCUUCUCAGCAUGCUGGAUGAUGAGCUGCACACAGAUCUCUUGCUGACGAAUGGAACAGAUGUAGUGCAUGCCCAUAAAUGCAUUCUUCAAAUAAGG